GUUGUCAGGGGUAAAUAUAGCGUCAUUUUGAUGCCCAAAACACUACAUUUGAAGGGCGUACAAUGAGAAAUGAACGAAUAGGUGAAAGUUAAGUUUACAUUCCGCAAACCAAGCCAACUGAUCUCUCAAAAUGUCAAAACGUCCAUAUACAACCAGAGAAGAAGACAAGGGAUCWUGGUGCGCGACGAGUCGAGUGCAGCCACGCACGUUCGAGUUCGAGGAGUCCGAAGAGACAUUUAMAAAUCGCAGARAACCACAUACACAAACACAAACACAAUCAGAACACAUAGACGCGUUUACAGGGCCACAUAGUCCUGUACAUAGUCGGGAUUCCAGCGUAUACGUCGAAGAAUACACGACUACGUACACGAAGAUWGUCCGAAGUACCGAACACCUCGAUUCAAUUCCGGACGAUUCCGAACCGUUUCCAUUACCUCCGGAGUUUACCGAAUUUGAAAGAUUAGAUUCAAGUAAGCCACCAAGUAGUUUUGGAUUUGAAGAUGUCGAUCACGACUCGACYUUACACGGGUUUGGUUCAGAUCGWUUCGAUUUUGCAUCGCCAGGGGGAAGUCCKCGAAGGAGUAAAAGUUUAUCAUCAUUUCAGGAUAUAGAUGAUGAAGAUUAUGGUUUAUUAGCGGUUCGUUAUACGAAGUCCCCUGUGCCGAGUAGUAGUAAUAAACUAGGCGGGCCUAUAGGCCGUGUAACCACAAGUGGGGGACAAGUACUCAAAUCUGUUGAAAAAUGGGAGUCAGAAAGUCACACCACAAAUGGAAAUCUCGUAAGGAGUUCGUCUGAGAAGCGCCUCAGUAACGGGAUGCCAGAUAAACCUUCUCAUAAAAAUAUCGAUGUUGCAGCUUUGAGAGCUCAAAGUUUGAGRGACUUGAGCAGCCGAUAUGCACCCGAUGCAAGUGCAAUAACGGUGGAAUAUCAACAAUCGAGUCAAUUAGAGAGCACUCCAGUUGGAGAUUGGCAAGAUAGAGUGGAUGCAAAAAGGAGACACAGUUCAGAGGUGAAGGAAACUCCGAACAGAAAUCGAAGUGAGACUCCACAGUUUCGUGAAAAUGGACGAAAGGAUUUUGAAAUGCCCGACAGUGCAGACCCCACUGCGGCCGACGCCGAGUGGAAGAAGAUUCAACAAAAUACAUUCACGCGUUGGUGCAACGAGCAUCUAAAAUGUGUAAACCAAUACAUUUACAACCUCGAAACCGACUUGUGCGAUGGCUUAAAGCUCAUUUCACUACUGCAAGUUCUAUCGCACAAAAAGCUACCUAGACAUACGAAGAAACCAGUGUUCAAGUCACAGAAGAUAGAGAACGUUUCGAUCGCUUUAAAGUUUAUAGAGGACGAGAAUAUUCGACUUGUGAACAUCGAUGCUAGUGAUAUUGUAAAAGGCAAUCUCAAGCUUAUCCUUGGUCUAAUAUGGACCUUAAUUUUGAAAUACCAAAUCAGUAUGCCAUACCUGGAUGAUGAUGAUGAUGAAGAAGGCGGAGGUCAGAAAAUGACACCCAAACAGGCCCUUCUGGCAUGGGUCAAGAGUAAAAUGCCUGAGUCUGUCCCUAUGGAUAACUUCACUACUCAUUGGAACGAUGGUAGAGCUAUUGCAUGUCUUGUGGAUGCUGUCGCUCCUGGCCUGUUACCCGAGUGUGAAGAUUUAGAUCCAAAAGAUGCCUUACAGAAUGCUAAACAAGCUAUGGAUCUUGCUAGAGAUUGGCUUGAUAUUCCCCAGGUGUUGGAUCCAGCUGACAUGUGCAAUCCUAGAGUGGAUGAGCUCAGUAUGAUGACAUAUGUCUCCUACUUCCCAGAGGCCAAGCUAAAACCAGGAGCACCCCUCCGCCCCAGGGUCCACCCUGCAUCCAAGUGCCAUGCCAAGGGACCUGGUAUUGAGCCAAAAGGACUUGUUGUUAAGAAACCUGCAGAUUUCACUGUCUUUASCCAAGGAGCUGGGCGUGGCAGGCUUGGGGUAACGGUCUUUGGACCUGGUAAAGUUGAACAAGAGGUGUCAGUCAAGGACAAUGAUGACCACACAUAUUCAUGUCAAUAUGUCCCGCAGAAGCAAGGAAAGUAUGAUGUCCAUGUUAAAUGGAAUGGACGACACAUCCCAAAGAGYCCCUUCAGAGUUGAAGUUGCUUCUGAUCUUGAUUCUCGCAAGGCGUAUGCAGAAGGACCUGGUCUUGCACCAACUGGUGUCGUUGCUGGAAAGUACACUGAGUUUACWGUCCACACAAAGGGUGCAGGUGAAGGAAAAGUUACUGUCAAAGUGAUUGAUCCACGUGGAGGUGAAGAUGUUGAUGUCAUUGUKGAACCACAAGARGAUGGCAAAUAUCUGGUUGAGUACCARCCUGUAAAUGCUGGMAAACAUACCAUCAAGGUUAUGUUUGGUGGCCAGCCCAUUCAAGGCAGCCCAUUCCAUGUCAAUGUUAGUCCACCUAAGAUUGAUCCUAUACCAUCUAAGGUCAAAGUAUUUGGACCUGGUAUACAGCCAACUGGAGUUAAAGUUGGUAUGCGUGCUCCAUUCACUGUGGAUACAAGAGGAGCAGGAGAUGGUGAACUUGAUGUCUUUGUGGAAGGUCCACUUGGAGAGGAGAAAGUCGACAUCAAGAACAAACAGGAUGGCACCUAUGAAUGUGUGUAUCAUCCACAGAAGUUUGGCCAGUAUGUUGUGACUGUUACUUGGAGUGCUGUUCAAGUGCCAAAGAGUCCAUUCCAUGUCAAAGUUGCUCCAGCAGUUGACGCAAGUAAGAUCCGUGCAUAUGGUCCUGGCCUGGAAAAAGGUGUUGCUGGAAAGCCUUGCCACUUUACUGUGGAGACCAAAGGAGCUGGUAUCGACAGUCUUGGAUUUGCUGUGGAGGGUCCUGCCCAAGCUGAGAUCAAGUGUGUUGACAGAGGUGAUGGCAAGUGUGAUGUCACCUACUAUCCUACUAUUCCUGGAAAAUAUGCUGUGCAUGUGACAUGUGGUGAUGAUGAUAUUCCCAAGAGUCCAUUUAUGGUACCGAUUUCACCUGCUGGUGAUGCCUCUAAGGCAUAUGCCAAGGGACCUGGUCUUGAGCCACAGGGUAUUUGUGCAGGUGCCCCAGCYGAGUUCACAGUGUUCACUAAAGAUGCCGGCGAUGGUGAUGUUGAUGUCAAAGUGAUGGAUGGCAGUGGCAAGAAAGUACCAGUAGAAAUUGUUGACAACAAAGAUGGUACCCACGCCGUGACUUACUAUCCAGAUAAACCAGGCACAUACACUGUAACUGUACAUUUCAAUGACCAACCCAUCCCUAAGAGCCCCUUCAAGGUCAAUGUUGGCAAAACCAACCCAGCGAAAUGCCGUGCCUAUGGUCCAGGUUUGGAGAAAGGCUUUGUCAACCAAGUCAACAAAUUUAAGAUUGAAACUAAAGGUGCUGGUGAAGGAGGUCUUGGGCUCACCAUUGAAGGGCCAUCAGAAGCUAAAAUUGAAUGCAAAGACCUUGGUGAUGGUUCUUGUGACGUGGAUUACUGGCCAAAUGAACCUGGUGAUUACAUGAUCAACAUCCUCUUUGCUGACCAACACAUUCCAGGCAGUCCAUUCAARGCCAGGAUAACACAUCCAUUUGAYCCAACCAAAGUUAAGGUUGAGGGUCCUGGAAUUGAGCCAGGAAUUCGUGCAGGGGAACCAGCWGAUAUUGAUAUUGACACUCGUCUUGCUGGGGAUGCUCCUCUUGAAGUCACUGUUGUUGACGAGCUUAACUCUCCAGUCAAAUGCGACAUUGAAGAAGAAGAAUUUGGACUUCAUGCUGUCACUUACUUCCCACAGAAGAAAGGAAAUCACAAAGUCAACGUCAAGUACGGCUCAAAGCAUGUUCCUGGAAGUCCUUUCAAAGUCCCAAUCUCGCCCUCAUCGGAUUCUUCUAAAGUCAAAGUGUCAGGACCUGGCGUCGAACCUCACGGAGUUGAACCAAAUAAACCAACUUAUUUCAACAUUGCUUGUGAAGGAGCUGGUAAAGGAGACGUCCACGUUGGCGUAGAACCAGCAGCUAAAGGACUCAAACCAGUUGAAAAUAUCACAGUAAAAGAAGAAGCCAAAGAUCUUUUUAGAUGUGAAUACGUCGCGCCCAGUGAAGGACCAUACAAUGUCAAUGUGUCGUUCGCCGACAAGCCUGUCCCUAAAAGCCCUUUCAAGGUCAAUGUACAAAAGAAAGGUGACGCUGGCAAGUGCAAAGCUCAGGGAGAUGGUUUGGAAACCGCCACUAUUGAUAUGCUGGCAGAGUUUGAUGUUGAUUGCUCAAAAGCAGGUGAUGGACAGCUCAUGGCUACAGUAACCAAUCCCUCUGGCGCCCACACAGACACUCUAGUAACAGACAACGAAGAUGGCUCAUAUAGUGUGUCCUACACACCAUUUGAAGAAGGAAUUCACAAUUUGGAUGUGAAAUUUGCUGAUGAACAUAUUCCAGGAAGCCCUUUCAAGGUUGAUGUGUUACCUCCAACAGACGCGUCCAAAUGCAAAGCAUAUGGCCCUGGCCUGAAGAGUGCAGAAUUGAACAAACCUGCUAACUUCACUGUGGAAACCAUAGUACGAUAUACACAUCAAGUUUGCAGAAGAACAUAUUCCCGGUAGCCCCUUCACUGCUAAAGCAGGGAAACCCAUAGAUCCAUCUAAAGUAAAGGUUCAUGGCCCUGGAGUUGACACAGAUAAUCCAUUAUUUUCAAAAGCACCACAGCAAUUCACAGUUGAUACGACCGAAGCUGGUGUUGCACCUCUUGAUGUAACCGUUGAGGCUCCUAACAGGAAGGUUCAUAAGCCUGAAAAAGUUGUCGAAGAAUCACCUGGAAUUUAUGCUGUAACUUACAUUCCAAACGAAGAAGGUCGACACAACGUGAAUGUUAAGUAUGCUGCCACUCAUGUUCCAAAGAGUCCAUUCCGUGUUCGUGCUGGACCACCAUUUGAUGCCAGCAAGGUCAAAGUAUCUGGAAAAGGCGUCGAUGAAGAACCCUUAGCUGAAGAACCAGUUGAAUUUUUAUGCGACUGCAGUGAAGCUGGCAAUGCACCUUUGGCAGUUACUGUUUCGCCACCUACUGGCAGAGACAUUAAACCAGAGAUCAAAGAUAAUGGCGAUGGCACCCAUACUGUCUCCUACGUCCCUGAUAAGCCAGGACGCUAUAACAUCGACGUUAAAUAUGGAAACAGACGAGUUCCCAAGAGCCCAUUUAGACCAACAGUGAAGCCUGCUGGAGACGCAUCUAAAGUAAAGGUUGACGGUCUUGGACCUGAUGACUCCCCAAUAGUAAACCAAGAGAAUGAAUUUACUGUUGACACGAGAGAAGCUGGRAAAGGAAAGCCACAAUGUACUUGCACAGGUCCAGGAAGAAAGAACAUUCCAGUAGAUGUUGAACCACAAAAGGAUGGCACCUAUGCCUGUUUCUACGAACCCAAAGACGAAGGCCGCCACGCUGUGGAUGUUUUGUUCGGUGGAAAACCAGUUCCUGGUAGCCCGUUCCAUGUCAAAGCCAAACCAAAAGAUAAAGUUGACCUGAGUAAAAUCAAAUGCGCCCCUAAAAAUCCAAUCGACGAGCCAGCAGUUAACCAAGAACUUGUGUACGGUGUUGAUGCGAGUGCCAUCGAACCAUUUUUCAACCAACCAGGAAAAUGYCCUGUUAAAGGUUCUUUGGAAGGACCAUCAGGAAAAGAGCCCGUUGAUGUGAAAGAUAACGGUGAUGGCACUUACGAUGUMUUGGCUGUACCAAAAGAACCAGGUCCACACAAGCUGGAUAUCAAGUAUGAUGGUGAGCCAAUUCCAGGAAGCCCUUAUAAAUUUAAAGCCAUCGAAGGUGGACCAGGGAGCGUCAGAGCCUUUGGACCGGGUCUUGAACGUGGCCUCACCAAACAACCGUGCGAAUUCACCGUAGUAACGAGAGACGCAGGACCAGGUGGUCUCUCCCUUGCAAUCGAAGGACCAAGUAAAGCAGAUAUUCAAUGCAAAGACAAUGGAGAUGGCUCAUGUAAUGUUACUUACGUACCAGAAGAGCCAGGCGAGUACAACAUCAAUGUGAAAUUUGCUGACAAGCAUAUCCCUGGAAGUCCAUUUUACGCUCAAAUUUACAACAAUUACGACGACCUACUCGCUGCUAAACCUCGACCCACCGUAGGAAAGAAAUGUGAUGUGGACCUGGGUUCACCUGGAAUACCUGUGGACGUCUCAGAACUCGUAGGAACACUUAAACGGCCUUCAUCUCCUCGUGAAGAACCUUUAGAUGUAAACAUGAACGAAGAUGGAAGYUUAGGAGUUACUUUUACACCUUAUGAGCCCGGUGAGCACCUCAUCAGCAUCAAAAAAGAUGGCCGUCAUGUCCAGAAUAGUCCUUUCUCUGUUCUUGUYCAGGCACAGAGACUCGGCGAUGUCUUUCCUGUAAAUCAUACAGCGGAUGUKGCAAUUCCCGGACUUGAGAACUAUGAUGAUUUAUCAAAGCUCCAAGCAACCCUACGUGGACCCAAUAGCAAAGAGGAUAAGCCUGUGAAAUUAAAGAAAAAUCCAGAUGGAACUGUCAGCGUCACUUUCGUACCACAAGAAUAUGGUGAAUACUACUUGACCGUUAAGAAGGACAAGGUUCCUAUUCGAGGUAGUCCAUUCCUUAUUGUUGURGAAGCCGAAGAACCAAUUGAUGCAGUAGGUUCCACUGUUGAUUACUGCUUCGACAUCAAGGACGACGUUAACCUUCCAGCUGARUUUGACAAACUAAAGGCAACCAUCAAGAGGCCAUCGAGCAACAAAGAAGAACCCAUUGAGCUGAAAUUGAACUCCGAUAUGUCUCUAACAUGCUCGUUUACUCCAUGUGAAACUGGCAUUCACUUGAUUCAUAUCAGGAAGUUUGGUCGUGAUGUUGCGGGAAGUCCGUUCCCUGUUAAUGUCACCGCCCAAGAAGCUGUCAGUGAAGUUGGGCGACCUUAUGGACGUGGACUUGACUUCGAUGAUGUCAACCUUCCUGAAGACUUCCCUCGCCUUUCAGCUACACUCAAACGACCAUCAGCCAAAGAAGAAGARGAACUUCGACUGCUUCUCAAUGGAGAUAACACCCUUGGUGUUGCAUUCACUCCAAGAGAAGUCGGGGAGCAUUUAAUUCACGUUCGAAAAGACGGAAAGGAGCUUGAAAAGAGUCCAAUCAGUAUUAUGGUUGUUCCUAAAGAAAAGAUGGAAGAAGUWUAUCCAGUUAAUAAGACUUGUGACAAAGAAAUYCCCGGCACUUGGUUCCCCGAAGAUUUCAAGACUCUUAAAGGAACUCUUAGAAGRCCAAACAGCACUAGAGAUGAGCCUUUGAACUUGAAACCCAAUGACAAGAACACGCUGAGUGUUGCCUUUACACCAUUUGAGCCUGGCGAGCACAAAAUUAACAUCACAAAAGCUGGAAAAGAUAUACCUGGAAGUCCAUUUUCUGUUAUGGUUGAGGCAGCUGAGCCAAUCAAUGCAGUUGGCGCUCCAUGUGAUGGAAUCCUACCUGGACGAUUCAACGAGGAUGAUCUCAAGAGACUUACUGCAACUCUGAAAAGACCAUCAAAGAAGACAGAAGAACCACUUAAAUUAAAACUCAAUGCUGAYAAAACUCUAUGUGCUGUUUUUGUACCACAAGAAACAGGAGAACAUCUCAUCAAUGUUAAACGAUUUGGAAAACAUAUCGAAGGUAGUCCUAUUUCUGUCAUGGUCGUUGCACCAGAGGCGGCCGACAAAGCCAUUGGAAAGCCCUGUGGUGUUGGACUUGUCAUUCCUGGCCUGAAAUUACCUGAUGAUUUCAAGAAGCUCUCKUCAACGCUUAGAAGACCUGGCAAGGUGGAUGAAGAGCCAAUGGAUCUGAUUCUCAACUCGGACAACACACUCAGUGUGUCGUUUGUUCCUUAUGAAUCAGGCGARCAUUUYGUUACAGUCAAGAAGGAAGGCCAGCACGUCACUGGUAGUCCAUUCUCUGUCAUGGUCAGYGGACCUGGACCUGCAGAUGCAUCUAAAGUCAAAGUUUAUGGCGAUGGUCUUAAGAAAGGUGUCACAGGAACCCCAGCUCGCUUCACUGUUAACACUCGUGAUGCUGGCUAUGGUGGAUUGGGUCUGUCUAUUGAAGGGCCUUCUAAAGCAGAGAUCAACUGCGUAGAYAACGAAGAUGGCACAUGCUCAGUAGAUUAUCUACCAACUGAGCCUGGAAAAUAUACCAUYAAUGUGAAGUUUGCCGACGAACAUGUUAAAGGAAGCCCUUUCAAAGCCAACAUCCGACGACCAGGUGAUGAAGAAAUCGUUGUUGAGGAUGUUGAUGGUCUUGAGUCAGAACCAACACAACGCGUAUCCCAGGUGUUUGAAGAUCUUGUCAGCUUUGGAGGCACAGCACCACAACCACAAGACUUCGUCUUCGACCUUAAAGACUACAAUAUUGACGAUCUACAAACUACAGUUGUAGACCCCGAGGGAGAAGAAUUACCAUCUGARAUUGUAGAGAGUGGAGAAAGCAGUUAUACAAUUCGAUUCAUGCCCAAGAGGAGCGGAGAGCAYAUUAUCAAUGUGAUGUACCGUGGACGACAUAUACCCGGAAGCCCGUUCAAGCUUUUUGUCGAGGCGCCUGUCUGGGGUGGUGCAAAGAAAUGCUACGCCGCUGGACCUGGUCUGGAAAGAGGUGUGGUCAACGAGCGUGGUGAAUUCACUGUAUGGACUCGGGAUGCUGGUCCAGGUGGACUUGCAAUUGCUGUUGAAGGACCCGCCAAAGCUGAGAUCACAUGUCAAGACAACGGAGACGGCUCUUGUAAUAUCAGCUAUCUCCCAACAGCACCAGGRGAAUACACGAUUCACAUCAGAUUCGCUGACGAGGACAUCCCUGAUAGUCCAUUCAAGGUGUUCGUAACCAGCGARGUUGAGGACCGAUUCCGUGAUUUGAAAUUGUCAGAUCUUGCCGAAACAGGCCUCAAAGUUGGUCAGCCAGCUUCAUUCUCUGUUCAAACAAACGCCCCUGUCGGUAGUGUUACAGCUACUGUGGUACCACCAUCCGGUGUAGAAUCCAAGGCCACUGUCUCCCCUCUUGGUGGAGGAAACUACGCUAUUCGUUUCGUCCCUAAAGAAUUUGGAGAUCACUUGGUUAAUGUAAAAUUCGAUGGUACUCAUAUUCCAGGAAGUCCAUUCAAGAUCCGCGUAGGAGGUGGCGGUUCCCAUCCAGAAAAGGUGAAAGCGUACGGCCCAGGUCUCAGCAGUGGCAAAGCUGGUGAGCCAGCAGAGUUUACUGUGAACGCCCUUGAAGCAGGAUCCGGUGCUCUUGCUCUCUCUGUCGAYGGCCCUGCCAAGGUCAAGAUGAACUGCAGUGAAAAUCCAGAUGGCACUUACCAAGUUACCUACUACCCAGUAGUCGCUGGAGAAUAUACAAUUAGCAUCAAGUUUGCUGGACAACAUAUUCCAGACAGCCCAUACAACGUUACUAUCUUUCCUUCCAGUGGAAAGCCACUAGGCASCGAUGGCGGAGAUGCUUCGAAGUGUACAUCAAGAGGGACAGGUCUACAUAGAGCAGUCCUUGGACAACCCAAUUCGUUUACAGUCAACGCAAGUAACGCAGGACGAGGAUCUCUUAUGGUUGGCGUUGAAGGACCAGCUAUMCCCGCCAAAGAAAUCAACGUUAAACACACCGGUAGCAACGUCUAUGCCGUAAACUACGCUCUUGAGGAAUCUGGUACAUACAUCUUGAAAGUAUUAUGGGGUGAGAAGCACAUUCCAGGCAGUCCCUUCCACGUAACUGUAUAAGACCUCCUCAAGACCCGGUUUUUGAAUAUGGAUUUCUUAAGAGAAUAAAUAGUCCAGAAUAAUUCAGGGUUUAAAAGUCUAAGAAACGCAAUCGUGACCAAACAAACUGCCCUAUCAAGGAAUUGAAUUAAUGUGUGAGAUGUAUCAGAGUCGAAUUUUUUGUAUCCCUGAUCAAACACCCUAGGUAGUUCUAAUAAGAAAUUAUAAUGCGGGCCUCGAUGUAUGGGCUCUCUAGGUUCAAGUGACAUAUUUUCAAAAUGCAUUGUCGACGCUUUAGUAAAAAAAAUACAUUGUAGAAUCUCAAAAUUUUUGUCUUUGGUAUUUUGUAACUUCAGUAUCAUAGUGUAUUGUUUAAAGUAAUAUUUUGUAAGCAACUUGUUAUCCAUGUUGUAAAAGACGAAGUUUUCAAAAAAUAUAUGUAGAAUUCUUGACUGUU